GUUAAGUUUAAGGAUGUUUUUUCGGGAAACAUUAAUAAAUUAGUCAGUUUAGUUCAAUUUUGUGAUGUUUUUCAUAAUGCUUAUGUUAAUAUUGUGUGCAUAUCUUGGAACUGGAGACGCUGUCAAUGAUUGCGCUCCAUGUGAAUGCUGUAAACCUGGAUCAAAUUGCUCCUACAAUGAUAGCUUUCGCAUCCAAAAUUAUUGCUCGGGCGGAUGCGCGGCGGGAUACGGUGGCCCAACAUGUGAACACGCUUGUGCGAGCAAGAACUGUAUCACGUGCUCACCAGACGGCACAUGUGAUACAUGUAAAGACGGUUUCUAUGGCAAAUCAUGUGGAAGCAAAUGUAUUUUCAGAUGCCAUGUUUGCAAAUCAAGUAGAUCUUGUACAUCUUGUUCAAAUGGUUACUACGAGGGAACGCUUGUGACAGGGUGUAAUCAUAAAUGCCAACCAGAGUGUAGAUCUUGCAUGAAUGGCAGCUCGUGUAUUAGCUGCAAGAGCAAUCAUCACUUUGGUUCAACCUGUUCAACUCCUUGCCCUAGUCUUUGCAAGCACAAGACGUGUUCAGUUAACGGCACGUGUGUGGAUUGCAGAAACGGCUUUUAUGGCAUUGAUUGCAAUGACACAUGUUCUCCACAAUGCUUAAAUGGAGAAUGUGAAAGAAUAACAGGUCAUUGUCUUCAAUGUGUUGAUGGCUACAAGCUCAUUUCCGGGAAAUGCGAAGCAAGUCAUUGUGACUACUGCAGAGAGCAUCUGUGUGCUUUUGAUACAAAGCACUGCUUGAGGGGUUGCGCUGAUGGCUACAGAAGGGAUACAAAUCAUUCGCGAUGCACUGUAGACACAAGUCGUCAUUCUAGUCAUAAAGAAGUCAAUUUGCCUAAUGGUAAAGGAGCCAUUGCUGGUGCAAUUGUGGGUGCGAUUGUUAUAAUAACAUGUGUGGCAAUUCUCACUGUUGUUAUUCAUUCAAGGCGACGAAAUGCAAAACGUGGUAGCGAACAAAGAAAUUCAGAAAAUGAAGGGUCCAAAACAGAGGGGGCUCCAAACAACAUUGUUCUUGGGAAUGUGACGGAACCACAUAACUACGAAGACUUAUGUGCAGAAACCGGGUGUCAGCCAGAGGCAAGUUACAACAGCAUAGAAGACAAAGAUAAUGACGCGUUACACUACGUGACACUCGUAAAGGGAACAGACCAACAUAACUAUGCAACCUUGCGCACCGAAAGUGGACGCCAGCCAGAGACAAAGUAUUAUAGCCUAGAAGGACAUAACAGCAAUGAGAAAACAGACAAUGUGUACCAGAGUGUACACAUAUAGACAAAAUAGACGAACACAACUUUGAGCAAGGUUUACGAAGGAAGAUGUCUACUGUUAUGUUAUAUGGUUUCGUGAUUUUCUUUUUGAUUUUUUAUCGGGUUGGUGUUUGGGUGUGUUUUCCUUGACGAAAUCCCGCAAGUCUACAACUUUUCUCCCAAUCCACAAUGCCCUUAAUUGAAGAAUCUAACCUGAAAAUCAUACUUCUAAAUCUAUUGUUGGUGAACAUUUAUAAGGUUUGGUGGCAUAAACAAGUUUUUUUGUCGAUAGCAGGUAUGUAUAUACAGUUACACAUUUGGGUUCAACAUAGCAUCCGUCGUUUCUUGCUUGUUUUUUAUUCAAAAGUCAGAUGUACAAUGUGGAAUUAUGUGCAAAGAAUAACUGUAAUAAAUAAAUCCUUUUUAAUGUGUACUACAAGGCGCAAAGAAUACUGUCACUUCUCUUGCAGGUUAAAUGCUUACUAGUCCAAGUAUGUUUGUAAGUCGGCAUUUAUUGAAAUGUCAUAACACAUAUAUACAAUAAAUAUAGAAAACAUUAUAAA